AUGGCGCCUCAUCCCUUGGAUGUACCUACCAUCCAAGUGCCCCGAGAGACCCAGCCGACUUUUCCCGGAGCCUCGGACCACGAAGUGCUCAGUUCCAACUCCACCCCACCUAGCCCCACCCUCAUACCGAGGGACUGCUCCGAAGCAGAAGCGGGGGACUGCCGAGGGACCUCGAGGAAGCUCCGAGCCCGGCGCGGAGGGCGCAACAGACCCAAAAGCGAGUUGGCACUGAGCAAGCAGCGACGAAGCCGGCGCAAGAAGGCCAAUGACCGGGAGCGCAAUCGCAUGCACAACCUUAACUCGGCGCUGGAUGCGCUGCGCGGCGUCCUGCCCACCUUCCCGGAUGACGCCAAGCUUACAAAGAUCGAGACCCUGCGCUUUGCCCACAACUACAUCUGGGCAUUGACUCAGACGCUGCGUAUAGCGGACCACAGCUUCUACUGCCCGGAAACCCCUGUGCCCUGUGGGGAGCUGGGCAGCCCAGGAGGUGGCUCCAAUGGCGACUGGGGCUCUAUCUACUCCCCAGUCUCCCAAACUGGGAGCCUGAGCCCCACGGCCUCAUUGGAGGAGUUCCCUGGCCUGCAGGCGCCCAGCUCCCCAUCCUGUCUGCUCCCGGACGCCCUGGUGUUUUCAGACUUCUUGUGA